AUGCCACGUCCUACUCCUAUCCCCAUCGCUGCCGCCCGCCCUCGCAAGCAACAGAAACCCUCCCCAGGCAAAGAGAACCUCCCCUCUGGCAAGCCCGUCUCCAACACCGUCGGCCCGGUCGCCAACAUCCGCACAAGAAGAGAGAGACCCUGUGACGCCUGCCGGAGGAGGAAGAGUCGUUGCGUGAUACACGAGGGUGCCGUCCUGUGUGUUCUGUGCGAAUUCCACAAGCAAGAGUGUACUUUUGUUCAAAGCCCACUGCCCAGGAAGCGCAAGGUCGUGGACCCCGCCGAUAAGAAGGAUUCACCAAACAACACGAAGAAAAGUAGAUCCGUUGACGCAGAGCCGCCCCCACUAGCGCUGCCGACGCCCACGAUCACCGCCACUGCGCCAAGCCCUCCACCGCCUCAAUCCUCAUUGGCCCAUUCCUAUCUUCCCCAUUUGGGCGAAACAUUGGGACUACAGCGACGUCAACAUAGUCGAUAUAUCGGCCUCAGUUCUCCAUUCGACUCUCUAUUGAUCGGACUAUCGCAAUUCGAUACCCGGAACGAGUCUACUUUUGAUCUAGGUACUCUUCGCCGAGUGAACGACCAUGAAUGCUUCAUCAUGCUCCCUGACGAAAACACACAAGACUAUGCCGAUGAGGUCGAGUCAUUGAGGCAGGUCGAGCACAUUGUCCAUCCCCAUGGCCCUGCCCUGCUCGAACUGUACUUCCGGAUCGUGCAUCCAAACUUCCCCAUCAUCCAAAAGCAUCUAUUCAUCGAGAGAUAUCGAAGUGGAGAUCGCUCCUUUGCACCUUCUCUGAUCGCUGGAAUGUACAUUCUCGCUCUUAAUUGGUGGUCAUAUAACCCGAAACUUGCAGCGUAUCCCAAACCCGAUUCCUCUCGUCUCGAAGCUGUUGCUAUGAAGUCUCUUUCUCUCGCAAUGGAUAGGCCGAAACUUUCCACCAUUCAGGCUGGUCUCCUUUUGUUGCAACGGCCAGAAGCAGAUUCUUGGAGUCUGACAACGCAGCUAGUUGCUAUUGGUCAAGAACUGGGUCUUCAUUUAGAUUGUUCCUCCUGGUCUAUCCCAGUAUGGGAGCGUGGCUUGAGGAAGCGAAUUGCCUGGGCUUUGUAUAUGCAGGACAAGUGGAGUUCGUUGAUUCACGGCCGCCCGUCGCAUAUUUUUGGUGCAAAUUGGGCUGUGCAACCAAUCACAGACGAAGAUUUCAGAGAAGAGGGCGACAGUCCGGAGGGUAAACGCACGGAGAACGAAGACGACCAGGACGACAACGAGCGUGGUCAGAUCCUUUUUGCGCAGAUGAUCGGGUUGACGCAGAUCAUGGCCGAAGUUAUGGACACGUUCUAUACACAAACAGCGAUACAGGAUUUUGCAAAUGCUGGCAAGAACUCGACACAAUUAAUUCUGGCUCGGGCGAAAAACGUCCAGUUGAAGCUUCGGAAAUGGCAUGAGGAUCUGCCCAAGUGCGUCAAGAUGGUCGCGCCUACUAACGACAAGCUCUCCUCGACUGGUUAUUUGCACCUUGCCUACUUUGCCACCGAGAUCACGCUUCAUCGUCGUAUCGUGCAAUCUCUCGACCACGCCACACACGAUCCCUACGGAUUCUUCAUGUGCCGAAAUGCGGCAAAGACGCGCCUCAUCUCCGCCAUGGAUUUUGUCAAUCGUCUCAAGCCGGAGCACCUCCAAGGAUUCUGGUACUUUGCCUCCAAGAUCAACUUCACCCUCAUUGGCACGUUUGGCUCUCUUCUCUGGGCCACUGCACCUGCGAAAGAGGAGGCCGAAUUUUACAAGACCCGUCUCCGCGAGUACCGCUGGACCUUGAGCGUCAGCAGCAAGCGCGCCGAGUUCCUGGACUAUGCUGUGCAGAUGCUCGAUACAUCUCGCGCCAUGCUCAACAACCUCGCCGAGAAGCCCAGCCUAGCACAGCAAAUCAGCACUGCGGGUGUACCACCGCCUCCUCCCAUGCGUUCAGCUUUGUCCAGCAUGGGUCCUCCACCACGGUUCAGUCCCGAUGACAUGGACAUGGAUAUGGACGAUGAAGGCGAGUUGAGGCGUAACGAGAGCUACGGCAGUUUCCACGGCUUCGGUAACGAUGCGCAAGGCCUUGAAUCCUACGAUAGCCCGACUGCAAGUGCGUCACAAAGCCUCCGAGGCGACACGCCGUGA